AGAGAGAGAGGGAGAGGGCAGGAUCCAGCCCCCCAGCACGCUGCCAUCUCCAGCUCUGCCUCCGUGUAAUCACAUAUAGAGAGUGGAGGAGGCGGACGGGUGCCCGGGCUGUGGGCACUGCUCAUCCCCACACUGGCUCUGAGGUGACAUCCCGUACACUGAGGUGACAUCCCGUACACUGAGGUGACAUCCCGUACACUGAGGUGACAUCCCGUACACUGUCACCUGGACAAGCGGGGAGCGCGUCAUCCGACCGAGCAGGAAGUAGUGGGAGGCUGCACGGCCGGGGACAUGGGCUAGAGGAGAGCUGCCUCACCAGAGCUGUCCAGCAUGGCAGCAUCCAGCAACUCCAGCCUCUCGGGCUCCUCACUGUCCUCAGAUGCAGAGGAGUACCAGCCCCCAAUUUGGAAAUCAUACUUAUAUCAGCUGCAACAAGAAGCACCAAGGCCCAGAAGAAUCAUAUCACCACGAGAGGUAGAGAAUAGACCAAAGCACUAUGGAAGAGAGUUCCAUGGCAUCAUUUCUCGGGAACAGGCAGAUGCAUUGCUAUGCUCUGCAGAAGGAUCAUACCUCAUCAGAGAAAGUCAAAGGCAACCCGGCUGCUACACAUUGGCCUUAAGGUUUGGUCACCAAACAUUGAACUACAGACUUUUCUAUGAUGGAAAGCACUUUGUGGGAGAGAAGAGAUUUGAGUCAAUACAUGACUUGGUAACUGAUGGCCUUAUUACCUUGUAUAUAGAAAAUAAAGCUGCAGAAUAUAUUGCAAAAAUGACAACCAACCCUAUUUAUGAACAUAUUGGAUACGCGUCUUUAGUAAAAGAAAAGGAUUCCAGAAGACUAAGCCGAAAAAAGAAUGAAUCAAAGCGGGGUCACGUGUCUAAUGGCGGAAAUAGUUCUGUGGAAAAGAUCACCUCACUGGUCAGAAGAGCAGCCCUGACGCAGAAUGACAACCAUUUCAACUACGAGAAAGCACACAACUUCAAGGUACACACAUUUCGGGGUCCACACUGGUGUGAAUAUUGUGCCAAUUUCAUGUGGGGUCUCAUCGCACAGGGAGUCAGGUGUUCAGAUUGUGGGUUAAAUGUACAUAAACAGUGUUCCAAGUAUGUGCCCAAUGACUGCCAACCAGAUCUCAAGCGCAUCAAGAAAGUUUACAGCUGUGACCUGACCACUUUGGUGAAAGCACACAAUACUCCAAGGCCAAUGGUAGUGGACAUGUGCAUCCAAGAGAUUGAAAGCAGAGGCUUAAAGUCAGAAGGUCUGUACCGAGUUUCGGGUUUUACUGAGCACAUUGAAGAUGUAAAAAUGUCAUUUGAUCGAGAUGGCGACAAGACUGAUAUCUCCAGUGCUAUCUAUCAAGACAUAAAUAUCAUCACUGGGGCACUGAAAUUAUAUUUCAGGGAUUUACCAAUUCCAGUGAUCACAUAUGACACAUAUUCCAAAUUUAUUGAAGCAGCAAAAAUAUCCAACCCAGAUGAAAGAUUGGAAGCAAUACAUGAAGCACUGAUGCUCCUGCCUCCUGCACAUUUCGAAACUCUUAGGUACCUUAUGAUCCACCUGAAAAAGGUAACACAAAAUGAGAAGGACAAUCUGAUGGGGGCAGAAAACCUUGGCAUUGUCUUUGGCCCAACCCUGAUGAGACCCCCAGAGGAGAAUGCCAUGACCUCAUUAAAUGAUAUGCGGCAUCAGAAGCAAGUUGUGCAAAUACUGAUACAGAAUGAAGAUGUUUUAUUCUGAACAUAUGAAGGAUUGCUUUUUGCAGUUAUUGCUUUAGACAACCUGAAGCAGCAAAAAGAUUCGUAGUAACAAGUUCACUCGCUGAACUUUAGUAUCUGCUUUACCGCAGAUACAGCACAUGCCAAAUGAUCUGAUGUAGCAUAUGUCUCAUAGACAUAUAAACAUAUCUCCUUUAGAAAAGGAGGAAGAUUUAGAAAGAUAAUCCAGCCAAGAUGUUUCUGUACUUUUGCCUUUUAAAUAUAUUUUAAAGAAACACAAGUCCUCUUGCUCUACAACCUCUUAGGGCAUGCUGGGGGUUGUCAUUUUGCAAAUGCUAAAGAGCCCCUGGUUUGAGAUCACUGUCUUGUCCUGGUUAAAAAAAAAUUUGUAAUAGUAUGGGUUAUCCAGGAAAAAAACUUUUUUAUAUAUAUCAACUGGCUCCAGA